AUGACAUCUCCAUCAUUCAACCCACUUGUAGUUCAGUUAAUACGGGAUGAUUGUGUAUCAUUCGUAAAUGAGAUCCUUCAAAAUGCAGAUCCAUCGAAAAGAAGAACUUUUCCUCUUUUUCAUGUAAUGACUUAUUCACAAAUUUGUGAUAUGACUUACAGCUGUUUUGGUGUUUCAAAACAAGACUUCAAACUGCAAUUAUAUUUGUGGUAUGAAUUUAAGGGUGUUCCUUUUAGGAAUUUAAUUACAGAUGAUAAUACUUUGGCAAUGAUUUAUCAUCUGGGGAGUAACCAGCCAGAACAUGAUGAAGAUAACGAAGAUAAUGAAGACAAUGACGAUGAUGAAGACAAUGACGAUGAUGAAGACAAUGAAGACGAUGAACAUGUUCAAGAUCAUGAAAUUGACCCAAUGGGUGGUGGAUCAAGUAACGAGGCACCUUAUACAAGCGAUGAUACCAUCGACGGAUAUAGCGUUGAUGGGGAUGUAUCUAGAGAUGAAGAAGAAGAAGGGACCCAUGCACAAGGUCCUUUGGAGCAUGAACAACUUCUUAAUCUUAUCGAUGAUAAUGAACAACAGAGAGCUGCUAAUCUUCCAAGUAAGAGGUACACAACCAGGACGUGGAUAAAUCAGUAUAAUGCUGCACUUGCUCCCCUCCGAGACGUGAAUUACUGGGCGCAUGUAGAUUGGUAG